UUGAACUGCAAUUAUACCCGACAGCAAAGAUGGCGGCUUAGCGGCAUUGAGUAUUCUCCGUAAUGAGUUACCAAUUUGUGCGUUUUUGUUGAGUUUUCUGCUCACCCAGGAAAACCAAGUCCAUGCAGAGAAAUUCGUCUCUCGAGAGAAAUGUUGUGAGACUGCGAAAAAAUAUAUCUUUACAAGGAGUUAGCCACUACAACUCACUCGAUAAGUCUUCCGUUGUAGCGCUGGGUGUGCAUAGCCGCGCUAGCUAACUAACGCUAGUCCCUAUCGUCAUUGUAAAAUGGCUCCGGUGCAGAUCGGGUCAGAUGGGCAGCUCGUCCCGCUCGGAGGUCCGGUGGUCUCGGGUCCUCAGCCACCGCCACCUGGGACCCCGGCCACACAAGGGGUACGACUGAGCCUGCUCAUUGAGUUUCUUCUCCAGAGGACCUACCAUGAAAUUACCCUGCUGGCGGAACUACUUCCCAGAAAAACUGACAUGGAAAGGAAAAUUGAGAUUGUCCAGUUUGCCAGUCGUACCAGGCAGCUAUUUGUACGUCUCCUAGCCCUGGUGAAGUGGGCAAGCAAUGCUGGGAAAGUCGAAAAGUGUGCGAUGAUUUCCAGCUUCUUGGAUCAGCAGACCAUCUUGUUUGUGGACACCGCAGAUAGGCUUGCAUCACUGGCCAGAGAUGCCCUGGUACAUGCACGUUUACCCAGCUUUGCAAUCCCCUUCGCCAUCGAUGUACUCACAACAGGGUCAUACCCACGCUUGCCCACCUGCAUACGAGAUAAAAUCAUUCCUCCAGACCCCAUCACUAAGUCUGAGAAGCAGACUACCUUGAGCCAGCUUAAUCAGAUUCUACGGCACCGUCUUGUCACCACAGACUUACCUCCUCAGUUAGCCAACCUCACAGUUGCUAAUGGGCGUGUUAAGUUUCGUGUGGAAGGCGAGUUUGAGGCCACUUUGACGGUGAUGGGAGAUGACCCGGAUAUUCCUUGGAGGCUGCUGAAGCUGGAGAUUCUGGUAGAAGACAAAGAAACUGGAGAUGGCCGAGCCUUGGUCCACAGUUUGCAGGUGAACUUCAUCCAUGAACUGGUCCAGGCACGUCUGUGUGCGGAUGAAAAACCCCUACAGGACAUGUACAACUGCUUGCACUCCUUCUGUCUGUCACUGCAGUUAGAGGUCCUACACUCUCAGACUUUGAUGCUGAUCAGAGAGCGAUGGGGAGAUCUGGUGCAGGAGGAGAGAUAUGUGCCUGCAAAAUACCUCACGCUCACUGUCUGGAACCAACUGGUGUUGGGUAGGAAAACGGGUACAGCAUCAGUACAUAAAGUCACGAUCAAGAUUGAUGAGUCAGAUGGAUCGAAGCCACUGCAAAUAUCUCAUGAACCUCCUCUCCCUGCAUGUGACUCCAAAUUAAUGGAGAGGGCCAUGAAGAUCGACCAUCUGUCAGUGGAGAAGCUUUUGAUCGACAGUGUUCAUGCCCGCUCACAUCAGAAGCUACAGGAACUGAAGGCUAUUCUGAAGACCAGCAAUCCCAGUGACAACUCGUUCAUCGAGACGGCUUUACCAACACUUGUUAUUCCAAUACUUGAGCCGUGUGGUCGUUCCGAGUGUCUACAUAUUUUUGUGGACCUGCACUCUGGCAUGUUCCAGCCUAUGCUGUAUGGAUUAGAUCAGUCCAUGCUGGAUGACAUUGAAAAGACCAUCAACGAUGAUAUGAAGCGCAUUAUAUCUUGGCUUCAACAACUGAAGUUCUGGUUGGGGGAACAGCGCUCUCGACAGUCAGUGAAACACCUUCCCACCGUGUGCACUGAUGUCCUUCAUCUCUCCAACUCAGCUUCUCACCCAGUUGGCAACUUGUCCAAACAUAAACUCUUCAUCAAGCUAACACGUCUUCCACAGUAUUACAUUUUGGUGGAAAUGCUUGAAGUACCAAGCAAUCCUACGGCAUUGCAGUACAAGUACUCCUUCCUGUCUGUAUCUCAGCUGGAAGGAGAGGACGGACCCAUGUGCGCCCAGCUCCUGCAGCAUUUUAAGCCCAACCUAGAACAUCUUGUCCAGGACACUACAGCAGGCAGAGGGGCAAAACCUGGGACUAAGAGAAAGGCAGUCAGUGCUCGAGUGUCUGGAGAACAGGGGGACCCAGAGCCAAAGAAGCCUAAGCGGUCUGGGGAAAUGUGUGCCUUCAACAAGGAGCUGGCUCACCUAGUGGCGAUGUGUGAUACCAACAUGCCUUUCAUUGGCCUCAGAACAGAGCUGUCCAACAUGGAGAUUCCAAACCAGGGCGUCCAAGUGGAAGGAGAUCGCAACAGUCACGCCAUACGUCUACUAAAGAUUCCUCCCUGUAAAGGCGUAGGAGAGGAGACCAGGAGAGCCUUAGAGCGUUCCCUUCUUGACUGCACCAUCCGUCUACAGGGCAGGAACAACCGAACAUGGGUGGCUGAACUGGUGCUGGCCAACUGCCCGCUCAACAGCACACACAGCAAGGAGCAAGCUUCAACGCGGCACGUCUAUCUGACCUAUGAAAACCCACUGUCGGAGCCGGUGGGUGGGCGGAAAGUUGUAGAGAUGUUCCUUAAUGACUGGAACGCCAUCAGUCAGCUGUACCAGUGUGUCCUCAACUUCUCUCGUGCACUGCCAGAGAUGCCGUCUUACCUGAGCCUGUUCUCAGAGGUGCGGUUGUAUAACUACCGUAAGAUGGUUCUGUGCUACGGUACCACCAAAGGCAGCUCUGUCACCAUCCAGUGGAACUCCAACAGCCAGCGCUUUCACCUCGCUUUGGGGACCGUGGGGCCAAACUCUGGCUGCUCCAAUUGCCACAACAUCAUCCUCCAUCAGCUACAGGAGAUGUUCAACAAGAACCCAAAUGUGAUGCAGCUGCUGCAGGUGCUUUCCGACACACAGGCCCCUCUGAAUGCUAUUAACAAGCUACCAACAGUGCCCAUGCUGGGCCUGACCCAGCGCACCAACACUGCCUACCAGUGCUUCUCCAUCCUACCCCAGUCACCCACACACAUCCGCCUGGCGUUCCGAAACAUGUACUGCAUUGAUAUCUACUGCCGCAGCCGUGGCGUGGUCGCCAUCAGAGACGGAGCAUAUAGUCUCUUUGACAAUACUAAGAUUGUAGAGGGCUUCUAUCCGGCCCCAGGACUCAAGACAUUCCUGAACAUGUUUGUGGACAGCAACCAGGAUGCUCGCAGACGUUCUGUCAAUGAAGACGAUAACCCACCAUCUCCGGUGGGCGUCGAUGUGAUGGACAGUCUAAUGAACCAGUUGCAAGCUCCACAGCAGCCACAGACAAUGCGGGGAGGCGCAGGAGGCGUAUACCCUCCCCUCACUUCACCGCCACCAAAUUACCACGCCAACGUAACUCCGUCACCAUCCAUGAUGCCCACACAGUCACCAGGGAACAUCCAUGCCUCUGGCUCCCCUAGCGGAGCUCUGAGGGCACCCUCUCCUUUUGGGCCCACCCCAUCUCCGUCUUCUCUGGGCAUAGCCAUGGGCCAGACCAGCUUUGCCAGUCCCCACGGUGCUCUAGACCCCAGCUCUCCAUAUGCCAUGGUGUCUCCCAGCCAUAGGGGCCAGUGGCCAGGCUCACCCCAGGUCUCAGGGCCUUCUCCUGGGGCAAGGAUCCACGGCAUGUCCCCUGGUAACCCUUCGCUGCAUUCACCUAUCCCUGACCCUCAUUCUCCACGUGCUGGAACCAGUUCACAAGUCAUGCCUACCAGUAUGCCUCCACCCCGCAAGCUACCUCAGCGCCCCUGGGCUGCCUCCAUUCCUACUAUCCUCACCCACAAUGCCUUGCAUGUGCUUCUGCUCCCCUCACCCACUCCCUGCCUGGUGCCAGGCCUGGCAGGAAGCUACCUCUGCUCGCCACUGGAACGCUUCCUGGGUUCAGUUAUCAUGAGGCGCCACCUGCAGAGGAUCAUUCAGCAGGAGGCCAAUUUAUCCAUCGUAAACUCUAACGAGCCCGGGGUGAUCAUGUUCAAGACGGAGGUGCUCAAGUGCCGCGUCGCCCUCAACCCAAAGAACUACCAGACGCUGCAGCUCAAAGUCACUCCAGAAAAUACAGGUCCCUGGUCACCAGAGGAGCUUCAGGUACUGGAGAGGUUCUUUGAGACACGGGUUGCUGGCCCUCCCUUCAAAUAUAACACUUUGAAUGCCUUCACAAAGCUGCUGGGGGCACCCACUAUCAUCCUUAGGGACUGCGUACGCAUCAUGAAGCUUGAACUGUUCCCUGAUCAAGCUGCUCAGCUCAAGUGGAACGUUCAGUUCUGUCUCACCAUCCCGCCCAGCGCUCCUCCCAUCGCUCCUCCUGGAACCAUCGCUGUGGUGCUCAAGUCCAAGAUGCUCUUCUUUUUGCAGCUGACCCAGCGUACGCCGGUGCCACAGGAGCCAGUAAGCAUUAUUGUGCCCAUCGUGUACGACAUGGCCACCAGCGUCACUCAGCAGGCCGACAUCCCCCGACAGCACAGCUCAUCUGGGGCGGCAGCGCUGCUGGUCUCUAAUAUCCUUAAGAGGUUCAAUGAGCUACACCCCGCCAGACAGGGUGAGUGUACGAUAUUCGCUUCUGUUCACGAACUGAUGGCCAACCUCACUCUACCCCCCGGUACUCGUCAAUAAAAACUGACAAACUCAGAGCCAGAACUGGAACUCAGCUUGGAGUCCCUGUGAGUCAGAGCAUGGGUCCAUCACUGAACAGCAAAGAAAACUGAGAAUAACAGUUGUGGUCCCAAGAUGUCAAAAUCCAGCAUGUGUCCUCUCUGCUUCAGCCCCUGGACGUUUUGACUUUCGAUGUAUAGUUGCUGUUAUGAAAAGGAGUAAAAUGUGUACAGAUGUGGACCGCAGUGUUUAUUCUUGAUACAGGCUUACAAACAAGAUUUGCCGAUACGGUAUAUUUUGGACAAGGAAGUCAUUUGAUGCAAAAGGAUAUAAAUGUUAUUUUUUUCCUCCAGGUGCACUUGUAAACAAAGGAUUAUCUAUUGAAAUUAAGGUUGUUUACGAAAAUAUGUACAUUGUUGUAUAUUUGAGUGUUGAAAAGAAUCAGGUGAGUUAGAAUUUUGCUAGAAAAUUAUCAUUAGUUUUGUUUCUUUUGUUGUUGUUUUUUUUUUUAUAACGCCAUACUGAUAUUAUCAUAGUAUCAGGAGAUAUAUUACUUUAGCACACUAUUUAAAUGUCUUCAUGCCUUUAUUUUGUCAAGAACUUAUUUCCAACUUUCACUUUGGAUACUGUAAAACUGUGACAAACUUUAUAAGCCAGUUGUAUUUUAUUAAGACCCACUUUGAGUCCUGAUUGGAGGAUUCUGUCUGACUUUGCUAUUUAAUAAACCAAGCCCAGAGUUGGUUUGUGCCUUGAGGAUCCUCCACUGGCAGUGUUAAAAUAAUCAGAUCAUUUACCUUCUUGUAUGUAAGUUGAAGUAGCAACACCACACUGUAAAAAUACUCAAGUACUAGUUUCAAAAUUGUAUUUAAGCAAAAGUACAGAGGUAUAGCAACCAGAUCUACUUAGAGUAUCAUAAGUAAAAGUACUUAUUAUACUGAAUGGCCCAUUCCAGUGUUAUAUUUUCCUACAGUACACCGAUCCAUUAAGUAUUGUAACAUAACUGACUUUCCAACUGCUUUCAUA